AACUUUUACCCAAUGACAUGCCCUUUGGCGCAAUUUUGCUUCUGUAGCUGUGUCUGAGUUUCCCCUGUCUCUCUGCUCUCGGCCUCUCUCUGCCGUGCCGUCGAUUGCUGCAGCGAGUUUGGUAAGAGAAAGGAGAGGGAGAAGAGAAGAAGAAAAUGAAGGCCUUGCAGUUCUUAUGAACCGUGGAGUUGUUUUGGGUUUCUCUUGCCGGAGACGGGAUCUCUUAACUUAUUUUCUGCUCCUCUUCAUCCCCUUAGAUUACUCUCUCCACUAAGCAGAGUCCUCAUUGAGAAAUUAAUUUUCAAUAUCCACAAAAUGGUGUCGGCGAAUGCGCCGGGGGAUUUGUCGUCGGAGAUGGACGCGGAUGCCUCGAGACGCCUCUUCCCUCUUCGCUAUUACGAGUGUCAUCUUCUUCAAUCCAUACGCCCUGAUGGCAGGCCCCUCGGAAGAGCUAGAGAUACGACUAUCUCCCUUGGGGCUGUUGCUUCUGCUGAUGGGUCAGCUAUGACAAAGAUCGGUUGCACAACCAUGCUGGCUGCCAUCAAAAUGGAAAUCAUGACCCCUUCAAUGGAGUCACCGGAGGAGGGCUGCAUAGCUAUUGAUUUCCACAUGCCCCCAAUUUGUUCCCAAAUUGUUAGGCCUGGGAGGCCAGCUGAAGCAGCUCCAGUUAUUUCAAAACAGUUAUCUGACACGAUUUUAAGUUCUGGCAUGGUUAAUUUGAAGGAAUUAUCCCUUGUCGGUGGGAAGGCUGCAUGGAUGGCAUACUUGGACAUAUACUGUUUGGAUGCUGAUGGUGCUCUUUUUGACGCUGCUUUACUUUCAGCCGUUGCUGCCUUAACUCAUUUGCGAAUUCCAGAGGUUUCUCUAAAUGAGGAUGGAAGAGUUGUUAUUUAUCAGGAACAUGAAAGGAAAUUAGAGAAGGAGCCAGUCAACAAAGAGAGGAGAAAGCUCAAACUGAGUAGCAUUCCCUUUUCAUUAACAUGCAUACUUCAUAAAAACUACAUCUUGGCAGACCCUACUGCAGAGGAAGAGGCUGUCAUGGAAACUUCUGUAACUGUGGUCUUGGAUCCAUCUAGUCAACUUGUGUCUCUUUAUAAGCCAGGUGGGCCAGUCCUAGCCUAUACAUCAGCUGUUCAGGAUUGUGUUGCAUUGACAAGACACAGGUUGAAGGAACUCCAGAAGAUUUUAGAUGAAGCUAUUUUGGAUAUGGAGGUUGACUAGGUUCGAUCUCUAAUAUUUGAACAGAUUACCCAACAAUUAUAUUAGAUCAUUUAGCGGGCAAUCCAUUCUAUCUUCUUUUAAGACAAUAGAUUGGGAUAUCGAUUCUUGGUACAUGACAAGUUUGGCAACGUUGUCAGCUGAGUUUGUUCUCCAUAUUUUUUGGAACAUUAGUCCAUAUUAGUAGGUAAGAAUGGAAUGGAGUUGAAUAUGUUAAUCUCUACAUGUUUUUCAUAUUUCCUUUUGCGAACCGAACCAAAAGUGAUGUUUAACUGUCAGCUACUUUUAACUCGGAAUAUAGGAUGGUAAUGGUAGACCACAUAUUGCCAUUGCUUCAGUAUCGGCAAAA